GAUGGUGCUGACGCAAAGACUGAUGACGUCAGCGGAGAGGCUCAGGCGGAGGAACAGAGCGGCCAGGAGAACGGAGGAGAAGGAGGAGCAGCAGGAGAGGGAGAGGAGGAGAAGAAGGAGGAAGAGGCGGUGGAGGUUACUGCCGAGCCUGCGGAGGAAACGGCUCCCGGUGAGGAAGGAGAACAGGAGGAGGACGUGGUGAAGGAGGAGGAGGAGGAGAGAGGGGAGGAAGAGGAAAAAGAGAAGGAGGAUGGACAGAAGGAGGAGGAAGAGGAUGGACAAAAGGAGGAGGAAGUAGAUGGACAGAAAGAGGAAGAAGGUGGACAGAAGGAGGAGGAAGA